AUGCUCCUGCGGGUGCUGUUGAUCAGCGUGGCGCUCCUGGCGACCAUCUACUUCUUGAAGGCUGUGUUGCUGCAGCUGACCUCCGAUGAUGCAAUCGAUGAAGCGGAUUCCGCUCUAAGCGGCCAAAACAACUCCUGGACCGACGUUGAGAGGGCUCUGCAAGCGUUCAGGAGUGGCGAUGAUUCCAAGGCACUGGCGAUCCUGACCGGCUGCCUCACCAAAGAGGACUCGGCUGAGGCGGAUCAGUUGGAGACCGCUGCAUGCAAGAACUCUCUCGGAGAGCUGCACUGGGUCGGAGCCGGGGUAGAUCGGAAUCUCACGCGGGCCAAAGAGCUCUUCGAGGAAGCAGCUGCCGUGGGUGAGCCGGAUGCGCAGUACAAUCUGGCCAUCCUCUAUGCCUCGGCCGAGAGCAGCGAUGAUCUGCGACGGAACGAGGCCCUGGCUGUCUUACACCUGUAUGCCGCCUCCACAGCAGGCCAUCCAGGUGCGUUAAUGGCCAUGGGCUACAGGCACUUGCACGGCUACGGCGUGCCACAGGCCUGCACCACAGCAGCCCUGAAUUACAUCGACGUUGCCAAGGGCAUUGCCAGCAUCUACUCAUCUGGCAUGCCGCAAGCAGUCGAGCUGGUUCGCUUGAACCUUCCGCAGAAGGACCGGAAGGUCAUGAGCAGCUCGGAGCUGAAUCUCUUCGUGCAGAUCGCCACUAGCGGAGACAGCGCUGUCGCCGCGGCGAUCGGGAAGCGCUACCUCUUGGGGAUCGAGGGCUUCAAGCAAGACUACCAGAAGGCCAAGCAGUACCUGAAGAUGGCGGCCAACAGGCAGCACUCCGGGGCCUUGGCUCUCCUGGGAUACAUGUACUGCCUAGGCCUUGGCACACCCCAGAACUUGGAGACAGCGUACGCUUACUUCGUGACGGCGGCAUCGUCGAACGACCCCUUGGGGCACAAUGGCCUGGGCUACAUUUAUUUCCGCGGCACCAAUGCGCAGGCUCGGAAUCUUCGCUUGGCCUUCAAGCACUUCAACGAGUCAGCCUUCGGCGGGUCCUCGGAUGGCAUGUUCAACCUGGCCAGCAUGUACCUCACAGGCUCUGGCACGGAGCAGAGCUUCCAGAAGGCCGUGCUGUACUACACACAGGCCUUGGAUCGUGGUCAUACUCCUGCCGCCUACUCUCUUGCUGUCAUGCACUUGAACGGCAUAGGGACGGUACGGGACUGUGACAUCGCCGUGAACCUGCUGAAGAAGGUCUGCGAGCGCGGGGAGUGGGUAUCCAGCAAGCUGGUCAGUGCGUAUGACUUCAGCGAGAAACAGCCGGACAAAGCAGCCCUGAUGUUCCUCAAGCUUGCCGAGGCUGGCCAUGAGGUCUCGCAGAUGAACGCGGCGCAUCUCUUUGACCACGGGCACGCUUCCCUACUCACGCCCGAUCCACCUGCUCAACGCACGGCGCGUCAUGACGACUUCUUCUGGGAAGACUCUCCUCGACUCCCCGGGCAGAACGUCGCCCAGCGUUUCUACGAGCUCUCGGCCGAGCAGGGCAGCGCCUCGUCGGAGCUGCGCUUGGGCGACUACGCCUACUACGGUUGGGGAAUGACGGCGCGCUUCACCGAGGCGCCGCUGCCAUCGGAGGAGGCGCCCACCGAGCUGGGCGAACCGGGCAAUGGCGGUUGGGAAGAUUUCCCCUUGCCAUCCAUUUACACCAACGACAAGGUGGAGCUCCAUCCACAACCAGUCGAUUACGAAGCUGCUCUGGCUCGGUACCGGAAGACGGCCGAUAUGACCGUGACGGGUGAGUGGAUGCAGUCCUUCGUGGCCAGAGCCUCCUUUAAUUUGGGCUUCAUGCAUCAGUUCGGAAUAGGAAUCGUGCAGGACCUUAAUAUGGCCAAGCAGCACUACUUUCGGUGUCGAGAGGUCGACCCCAGCGGUUUGCAUGCCCCGGUGACUAUGGCUUUGGCCGCGCUCGCUGGGCAUGUGCUCUACUUGCGACUUCCUUCGCAAGAAGAGACGAUUAAGCGGCUCUCCGCCGACUUGCGGCUACAUGUGCUGUUUCUCCACAUACUUGCGGUCAUAAUCCUGGCAUGGCUACACUGCAUCCUCUCAAGCCGACGGCGAACUGCGCCACAGCGGCCACGUCGUCAAGAUCAG